AGUUAGUUCAAUUGCCAAAUAUCCAAUUCUUUCAUUGAUCUCGUAUGAUAGUAUAAUGGCAACUAUGAAUCGAUUCAAGAACUUUGGUGUGUGAUUGGAAGAGCGACUUUCUGUCAAAAUUGGCGAUACACUCAAACAUACUCGUACUUUCAUUUUUAUUGAUGUGAAGGCAGAAAAUGAGGAGAAGCUACUCUUUCAAAAUUAUGCAUGACCCGCGCAAACCUUGUUGGAGUAGACGACUUUUCCGAGGUCUUUGGUUUCGAGAGCGAAGAAAGCGCCGUGUUGAACGAGAUUACGGCACUCUACCCUCUCCAGCACCUUUGAAUUCAUAUACAAUUUAUGGUGGAGCAACAGAAGCUUUCCUUCUGUCGGCUUUUCUCAGCUUCCUUGUAUUAAGACUAACAGAUGUAAAGGACUUGUUCGGUCUGUAGUCUUCGUCUCAACUGAAAAUAAAACUUGAAUGUGGUUA